AUGGAGUUGCAUUUGCAGCUUCGGGCUUAUGAUGGGAUUCCCUUAUCUUAUCCUUCUCGCUAUCGACAUCUUGUUGGUAGCUUGGUAUAUCUUACUGUUACUCGUCCUGACAUUUCUCACGCUGUGCACAUUCUUAGUCAGUUUGCUGCGGCCCCCACCUCUGUUCAUUAUGGACAUCUUCUCCGGGUACUGCGAUAUCUUCGUGGCACUGCCUCGCAUAGUCUGUUCUACUCACAUCAGUCCGCUCUUCAGCUACAGGCCUAUUCUGAUGCUACUUGGGCCAGCUCCCCUGAUGAUCGGGUCUCAGUCACUGGCUAUUGUAUAUUUCUUGGGUCUUCCCUUAUUGUUUGGAAGACUAAGAAACAGCAGACUGUUGCCAAGUCCAGUGCUAAGUCUGAGGUUCGUGCUUUGGCUUCUACAGUAUAA